AUGGAAUUUGAAAAUAAUGGGGUUGUUGUUUUAAAGAAAAGGACAAGGAACGAAUUUGAAUCAGAGCUAUCUGAUGAUAAUAACAAUACCAGUAAUAGUUAUACCGAUAUUAGUGAUAGCGAUGAAGAAAACAAUUUAGGAAAUAUCGAAAAGAAACAAUCCAACGAUGACAAAGAGUAUUCGGAAAGCGAAGAAAGCGAGGAUAGUGAAGAUAGCGAAGAUAGCGAGGAUAGUGAAAACAAUCAAGAUGAAGAAGAUAAAUUAGAUUCAGAUUAUGAAAAAAAAGUUAUGAAGGAAAUUCUCGAAAAAAGGAAAACUAAAACCAAACCUAAAAAACCAAUCAAUGUAAAUGACCUUAUAUGUUCAUAUUGUUUAAAAGUAUUUUCAAGAAAAUCAAAACUAGAGUACCAUUUAAGGAUUCACACAGGUGAAAGACCAUAUGUUUGUAAAUUUGAAGGUUGCGAUAAAUCAUUCACAAGGUCCCAUCAUUUGUCAUAUCAUAUGAAAGUUCAUCAACAAAGCGAAGGCAAAGUAGAGAAACUUAAAUGUCCAGUACUUGGCUGUCAAAGUGAAUUCAUCCUAAAACAUAAACUGCAAACCCACAUCAAAUCAAAGCAUGGUCAAGAUAAACCGUUCAGGUGCACACACGAUCCAGAGAAAUGCAAUCUUUCAUUUUCAAAGCACAAUCAACUAAAGAGACAUAUUGAUAAAGAUCAUUUAAAACAACACCCUUAUGAAUGUACAUAUGAAGGAUGCAAUAUGCGUUUUGAAUACCCAACCUAUAGAAAAAAGCAUAUUUUACGUUGCCACGAAGGAACUCCAAAGCAUAUUUGCAUCUAUCCAGGAUGCAAUGAAAUGUUUGUUACCUUAUUAGAACUACAAAAACAUCGAAAAAACAACCACGUCAUCAGAUGGAAAUGCCCCGAAUGUUCUAAAACCUUCUGUUCAUCAUCAUCACUUUGCGCACACAAAAAACAUAUUCACAAACCAAUUGAAGAAAGAGAAGUUUUCGUUUGUAAAGAAGAAGGUUGCUUCAAGCACUAUUUAACUAAAUCAGGGUUGGAAUCUCAUAUUAAAUCAGCUCACAAGAAAGAACUUUUUAUUUGUCAAUGUGAAAAAUUAAAAAUCGUUCAAGAGCAAGAACCUAAAUCAAUUAAAAUUGGCACACGUUCGAAAAAAGAAAAAACUACAAAAACAAAUAUUUUAUCCUCCUCAUCCUCAUCAAAAGCUUAUGAAACAAAUAAUGUAAAUAAUAAUAACAAUAGUAGUAGCAGUAUUAAUUUAAGAUCAUCAGGUUCAACCACACCAGAAUUAGAAGAUAUAAAUAAUAAAGAUAAAAAUACCACAGAUAAUAAUAAGGAUAAUAAUACAGUUAAUAAUAAUAAUAAUGAAGAAAUUUGUGGUCUUAAAUUUACAACCAAAAAGAAUUUAUUCAAGCACAUUGAAAAUGUACAUAAAAAGAACAAUAAUGUAAAGAUCAUUCCAUCAAAAACAAAUAAAUUAAUUAAAAGUGAAGAAAUUAAAAAGAAAAAUGCAAUUAAAAAUGUGCACGCCCAUUUCCUUGGUAAAAGAAAGAAAAAUGAAAGCUAUGAAAGUAGUGAUUAUGAGACAGAUAACAGCAAUAGUAAUAGCGAUAGUGAUAGUGAUAGUAAUUAA